UGGUUUCAUGAUUUUCCUGUUGUGGAAUUUAAUAUCCCUUUGGAUUCUAUCUCUCUUCUCUUCCUUUCCUUUGAUGAUAAAUCCAGACUAGUCCUUUCUUUCUUUCUUCCUUCUCCUUCGUCUCUGUUUGCCUUUUGAAACCCACUCCUCUAUGCUCGAAUUAAACAAACGAAGAAAAGGAAACCUAUUACACGCUUACCCAAAACUCUGAACACCCAUAUCCUCCCUCUCUUCUUCGUUCAACCCCUGCCUGCCUUUCCCAUUUUUAUAUAUCAUUAUCAUCCCUAAUCAAUUGUCUCUACAUAUACAUACCAUAGCCAGGCUCGCUAUCUAAACAAAGACCACUUCUAUCUGUUUUCUUAACCAUGGACGAAUACAACAAUUAUUGGAGAACAAGUCAUGUCCCACCUUUCGGAAGCUGGGAAUUUUGCCAAAACGACGCCGUCGACGACCUCCCUUUCACUCAAUGUUUCGAGACCGCCAGACAUCCACCCGGAAUCUCUUUCCCAAUUUACACAACUACCCGGUCCAAAGAUCGAGAUCUCUACUCCGCCGACGACGCCGUCAUCGUUGUGCCCCGUCACAGCCAAGGGAAAGGGCGUAAUGGGUACCAAAAGAAGGAAAAAGAGCAGAAAAGGAAGGAAACGAGAUGGGUUGAGUGUGACGCAGUUAAAGUUGCGCCGCCUACUCCGGUGAUCCCAAAAAAAAUACCCAAGGCGGUGGAUGAAGAUCUGUAUAAGAUCUCGCCGGAGCUCUUGUAUGCGAAACCGAAAAAGAAAAGGAUGGGGGUUUUGUCAAGGUGCUUGUUUCCAAAUUGUGCAUCAUCAUGAUUCAUGAUGAUAGAAAGUUACAGGGUGUGGGUGUUAAUUAAUGUGUUAUCUGUUGGCUGUUAUAAUGGUAUGUGGACUGUGCUUGGGUUGUAUAAUUUAUUUUAUUUUUAGGGUUUGUAAGAUGGUGGUAACGAUAGUAAGUAUUUAUAAUGGAAUCAUGUGUGUGUGGGUGGGUGGGGAGACUUUUUUUUCUUUUUUUUCAAAAUCUUUUUGAUGAUAGUGGAAUGAUGAUAUAUGUGGGAAUUUGAUCAACCAUUACUUCAUUACUUGUUGAAUCUCCUUUAAUUUUUUU